UCGGAAUCAACAAAGCCAAACAACUGCUCUCAGCCAUCGCCUGCCAUGCUCGGUGUUGAAGACUACGGUAGCGACGUCGAAAGCGACAAUGAGACUACCCAACAGACACCACAGCCCAGACUUGCUUCUUCUAUAGCCUCGAAGCUACCGCCUCCGAUAAAGAAAUCGACCUUUUCUCUACCGCCACCAUCUGCUUCUACCUCUAAACGGUCGUCUUCGGGUCUCUCUCUUCCACCGCCUAAGAAGAAAGCUCCUAAGAGGAUAGCGAUCGGUCUUCCAGCUCUACCUACUGAUGAGGAUGAGGAAACGCAGCUCGAUGACCGUCCACCAGCCAAGAAGCCCCGUCUAGAAGCCGGUGCAGGUUCUUCUGGUCUCCUGUCUAUGCUACCUGCACCCAAGAAUAAGGCACCCGUAGCCCCCGUACAGGAACGUGUACUUGGUGGAGGUCGAGGCCCUGGUCUAGUCUUCAAGACUGCCCCGAGUCAACCGCAACAUUCUCAACGAGUGAUUGUGGAAGAUGAGGAGGAUGAAUUCUCUGCUCGUUUGAACGAGGUACCAUCUGGAACAAGUAUUCUAGAAGAGGUGACAGAAAUACAGUCGACUUCUAUCUCAUUCUUGCCCCCUUCACUCAAGAAAGGCAGAGUGAAUGUCUCUACGGAAGAGAGGCAUGUUCGACCACAGGCACCACCGAAAGUAUCGUCAGCACCUGCUAUCGAUUUCUUUGGACUAGGAGAAUCCAGUUCAGCAUCCUCUUCUAAUCGCCCGACACCUACUUCAAUACCAUCUCCCCCCACCCCCUCAACAUCGGCCCCGUCCACCUCAAAGCCCCACCUCAUAGGCAUAUCCUCCGCACCCAAAGUCGAAGAGUUUGCCCCUCCAGAACCGACCAAGGAAGAUCUCUAUCCAGGUUAUUACAUGCUGCCAACUGGUGCAUGGGCAGCCUACGACCCCCAAUACUAUAAAUCCUUCUACGACAAAUGGAAGCGAGAAUACGACGCUCAUGUGCGUGCGUUAGAGAAGGGUAUAGAGAAAGGUUUCGAAGCGGUUGAGAGGGAAGGUGCCCGUGAAGUCAAUGCGGCUAAAGAGAUGGAGAGGGCGAAGAUUGAGAUCCAGGAGAGGGAGGAAAGGAAAGCCUUGACAACUGCUGCGGGAGAGGCUGCCGCUGCACCUAAGAUGAAUAUCAAGGGUGCCGCGCUGAGCGGUAGAGCACGCACGCGACAUCAACUCUCCGCUUUGCUCACUGAAGCAUAUCAAAACCGCGAGACUCUUGAAGAGCAGAUUGCUCAGGGACGAAGGAAUAGGAAGGAGGCUGGUAAUAAGUACGGUUUCUGAGUGUUCCAGCAUGUCUAUUGUGGUAUUGUAUAGACAAUAUACAUAUCAUACACCGAUUAUACGUAUGCUACAAGUACAGGUGGAUAUAUGGCUCAAAGAUGGAUGGAAGCAUGAGCGUAAAUCAGAGCCUAUUUCUGGGCUGAAGAGAACUCUGCAGGACAACAUGUAUGAGUGACAAAGCUGAAUCGUAUUGCUCAUGACACGUACUGGUGACAGACUUGGUGCCUUCCGAGAUGGCAUGCUUGGCAAGCUCUCCAGGAAGAAUCAGUCGGACACUGGUCUGGAU